UUUAGCCCGGCUGUGCACUGCGCGCCACACCUGUCCUAUUUGAGUACAGAGGCUUACAGGUAGGGCCAAAGCCCCGCCCACUGUCAGGUUUCAGUUAGACUUGUUUUUUAAGACCAGCUGUCAAAACUCAGACGCGUCUGUCUAAACUGCUACACUGAGUUUGGCAGUGAGAACAAACGCAUCAUCAUCAACAACAACAACAGCAGUAACCAUGCCGAAUCGAUCAGCGGAGGAGUGGAUGCGGGUGUCCUUGCGCACCCCGGGCAUCCUGAUCUUCGGGUUGGUCAUGGCUCCUUGCGGAUGGGUUCUGGACCUGACUGCCACUGUGGCCCCAAACUGGAGGACCAUCCAUAACGUCCCCGGCAGACCGGCCGACGAGGUCAUCCAGCAGGGCAUCUGGGACAUCUGCAUAGCCGCCACAACUACCACCAGAUCGACCUGCGGCCAGGAGGACACCACCUACUUCAACAACCAGAUCAUCCCGAUCGCUCAGGGGUUGAUGGUGGCCUCCCUCAUCGUGACUCUAAUCGGGCUGGCCGUGGCCAUCCCGGGUGCCAGGUGCUGGAAAGACAGGCCUAACUGGAUCGUGGCCGGCCUGGGUGGACUGUUGAUCUUCCUCUCAGGCGUCAUGACCAUCAUACCCAUCGCCUGGUAUACGCACAUCCUCCCAGAUGUUGCCACUGUGACCCCGACGGCAGAUGUGCGCGUCGGCUAUUGCAUCAUCCUGGGCUACAUCGGUGGGAUAUUUGAGAUCCUGGGUGGCUUUGUCAUGUUCAUCGGGAUCUGCCGUUGCUGUGGAGGGAAGAACCGAGGAGAGGUACGGAUUGAGGAGGUCAUGGCCAACCGGUUCAGCCACCAGAAGCCCCCGUCGAGACGCGUCGAUGUGCCAAGCCUGAACCGGGCCCGGAGCAGCGCCAGCAGCAGCGUCCCAUAUUCCAGGGACUCCAUGGAUGAGGAUGUGUCCUUCCCUCGGGCCAAGAGCCCCGCAGUGCGGUCAGUCAACACCUCUUACAACGGCAGACCCUAUGAUGCAGACCUUUGAGAGGAAGGGACCCCCAAAGAAGCACAUAUCCCACAUCUGGAGACACACAAAAACACAGAGAAGAGAAACAACUUGAAGAUUGAGAGGAAUAUCUGCAAUAGAGACUGAGAGUGGAAAAUGGUAAUUACGCAAUGAAGUUAUAACAUUACAGAUCUAGUCCAAACUGUAGUCUAAACUCUAAACAACUUAGGCAAUAAUAUUCUGAAGUAUUGUAGUAAUAAUAGGAGAUAAAUAUACCAAAAAAGUACUUUAAAGUCAUCAUACACUCAUUGUUUACUGACCAUAAAGGAAUAUUGAUAUUUCAGUGGUACUUAGAGAUCAAAUAGAUUAUGAAAUCACUGUAAACUUACUAUUAAGUGAAGCAGAAUCACUUUAAAUGCCCCUAUAAGUAUUAGUGUUUUAUCAUUAGGACAGCAACACUUGAAGGCAUACAUCUAUAACAGAAUAAUAGGUUAAAUGAUGUGUGAGUGACACAUCAUUUAAAUGGCAGGGCUGCAGUUUAAUGUGGCAGCAGAUGAGACUCAUUAAGUGCUUGCCUUGAUUAUGAUUAAUUAUAAUGUCAUUAUAAUAGCUGUGUGCUCCAAGCAGUGCAAUAGUAAUAGAGACGGAGAUGAGAUUAAUGUUGUUAUGUGAGGGAAUGGAAGGAGAGUUUUUUUUAUGAAAGAAGUUUAGAAAGUGAAUAAUUCUGUUUUAUUUCAACGGUGAAACAUGGAGCUAAUACCUGCAUUGUUUAGUGAGCCUAUAGAAAAAACAAUGUUAAGUUUGCUCGUCUGCAAAUUAUGCCAAACCCCAUUUGUAAAUAGCCCUCAUCUUUAAGGAAGCUUUUACAUUUUCUCAGUGUACAUUGCCAUUUUCUUUUUUUCUAUUUUUAUGUAAAUAUUGUAUUCUUAUGCACUUUACAAUUGUGACCAAGGAUGUAGGACAACUGGCCAACUGUU